CGUCAGCACUAUAGCCAGGUAAUCGCCAGCCAUGGAACAUAGCAUCGAGUCAAAAGACGUACCUUUCACGGCAAACACCUACCUUUGUGUCAAAAAAGAUACAUCUUUCGGCUUCCCGUUGUUCGAUGCCCCAGGUCCGAGGUUCCGAUUUCUGACUCUCAAUAAUUUACUCCCCGACACCCCCGCUUUAUAGACAAGACCAGGGUACUAGGCCAGAAUACACAUGUAAUGGAGCGGAGUUGUAACAGCGUCCCACUCACAUUAGACGAUAGCUAAAAGGACGAGCAGCCUCGAAGUCUCGCCCCCUCACCCUCAACGUAUAAAAACUGCUUUUUUGAAAAGCAACUCAUCAAAGCUCUUGUUAAGCUCCAAGGAUCAAAAAUUUCACUGGAAACCCUUACAAAGCAAAAGCACCCGGUACUACGACGAGAUGAACCACCGAAUAAACAACAGUCGUACUGAUCCUUCCUCUUAUGGAACCGGAGGACCCCCUUCUGGCUCUGAUAGACGAGGCACGAGGGACUUGGGAUGGUAUGUCCAACUUCUUGAGCAAAUCCAGUCUACUACUCCUCAUGAGGAAAACAUGCCUGUGGUAGAUUCUGUCAUCGAAAAUGGGCAGCCUGGCAUUACUGUGACGGCCAAUGCCCCUGUUGGCGACCUGUUCCCGUACACAGAAGAAACAUACUACAUGGGUCCAGCAUCAUCUACUUUUCAAUCUACAACACCUACAAGCGGCCUGUUCUUCCCUAUGAAUGAACCAGAAAGAGUGCUGUCUACGGCCACCAAUUAUUUCCCAAGAGGGCGCCAAAUAACCACUUCUCAUUUUCCUUCGGCAGAGAUUGAAAGAAAUGAUGGUGGUAUUACUCACACGCUUCGUACUCCUCCUUUCCAAUCACACCCGCCUACCAACAACCUGUCAGACCUUACUACCCGUCAAUAUGUCCAACGGGCAUUAUCCGCAUCAACCCUUGCAAGCUAUCGAUCCGCCCCUAUGAAUAGACAUGGGAGGGCGCCGCCUACAGCCACUGAUUCUUCCCGUCACAGAAUAACUUUUUAUUUUUCCCCUGAAGAGACUGGAAGAAAUGAUGGCAUUAAUUUUACAGUCCAUUACCCUCCUUUCGUAUCAACCCCAAGUACCAAUGAGGCCGAAUGGAUAAACUACUUCAACGUUCGCGGCGUCACGACGAGAGACGGAAGGAGCGAGAUCGGAUUGGAUGAGGCUGUGGAUACCGAAGUUGAACCGACCGAUGAGGGGCAUCGUGAGCGUGUAAUGAGCAGAAUUUGGGAUAACUUGAUGGAGGAAUUUCAUAUGAGGAGCGGAACGACAAGUACAGUACGAGAAACAGGUCGAAGGGGCUGAUUAGUUCUAAAAGUCAAUUCCAGAGUUAAGAGUUCGAGAGAGUAGGCCGUGGCAUGUAUAUGCGGCUUUGUCAAGUACAAAAUGCAUGAAAAUAAGACAUGGCUACGACUACUAUAUUAGGGUUUCCUUUGUAGGAGCAGUGCUAGUCUUCCACCCACCGUCGGCUCCAACUUGCUCAACGACUGUUUUUUCCAGCUAGUAUACACCGAUAGGGAAAAUUGGGCAUUUGGAGAAAGGAACAAAUCG